AUGAACUCUCUUCAUGGUUCUGCUUCACGUCGAGACAAGACUUCCUCAGAUUUAACCAAGGAUGACAAGCCUGUUGUCGACAAGGACCGAUCGUCGCCAUUGCUCGACUGGUUGAACCAGAACGAAGGAGAUGACCCAUGGCAUGGGUUUACUGCCGUCUCUACCGAAGGCCCACGGGGACGAUCGCAAGACGGCCCGGCCAAGGACAAAACAAAUGCAUGGAGUACCCAAGCUGAAGUCGGAUCUGAUAGGGGAGAGUGA